AUGUGGCAAUUACAUCAAGUUGGGCUGACAGGGAGCUGGGCUGGCAGGCAGUUGGCGUGGCAGGGCGCCCAUCGGGCGGCAGCCAGUUCGGGGCGGCAGCCAGUUCGGGGCGGCAGCCAGUUCGGGGCGGCAGCCAGUUCGGGGCGGCAGCCAGUUCGGGGCGGCAGCCAGUUCGGGGCGGCAGCCAGUUCGGGGCGGCAGCCAGUUCGGGGCGGCAGCCAGUUUGAAGUGGCAGCCAGUUUGAAGUGGCAGCCAGGAGUUUGGGGUGGCACCGAGUUUGCGGUGGCGGCGAGUUUGCGGCGGCGGCGAGUUUGGGGCGGCGGCGAGUUUGGGGCGGCGGCGAGUUUGGGGCGGCGGCGAGUUUGGGGCGGCGGCGAGUUUGGGGCGGCGGCGAGUUUGGGGCGGCGGCGAGUUUGGGGCGGCGGCGAGUUUGGGGCGGCGGCGAGUUUGGGGCGGCGGCGAGUUUGGGGCGGCCGCGAGUUUGGGGCGGCCGCGAGUUUGGGGCGGCCGCGAGUUUGGGGCGGCCGCGAGUUUGGGGCGGCCGCGAGUUUGGGGCGGCCGCGAGUUUGGGGCGGCCGCGAGUUUGGGGCGGCCGCGAGUUUGGGGCGGCCGCGAGUUUGGGGCGGCCGCGAGUUUGGGGCGGCGGCGAGUUUGGGGCGGCGGCGAGUUUGGGGCGGCGGCGAGUUUGGGGCGGCGGCGAGUUUGGGGCGGCGGCGAGUUUGGGGCGGCGGCGAGUUUGGGGCGGCGGCGAGUUUGGGGCGGCGGCGAGUUUGGGGCGGCGGCGAGUUUGGGGCGGCGGCGAGUUUGGGGCGGCGGCGAGUUUGGGGCGGCGGCGAGUUUGGGGCGGCGGCGAGUUUGGGGCGGUGGCGAGUUUGGGGCGGCGGCGAGUUUGGGGCGGCGGCGAGUUUGGGGCGGCGGCGAGUUUGGGGCGGCGGCGAGUUUGGGGCGGCGGCGAGUUUGGGGCGGUGA